AAGAUUUAUUUAUAUUUUUGUCAACUUAUAUAUCGUGCUCAUCAUAUAUAGUAUAUUUUUAUGAUUAACUGAAAUAAUAAACAAAAAAAUGAUGCAUUUAACCAUGACAUUUGACCGUCAGUCAUUGCUAGUAUAAUAAUAAUAACUUAUUUAUUUUCUUUAUGAUGAUGUGUGCUUAUGAUAUACAUUGUUAUUUUGAAAUCAUUGCAUUUUCAAAUCAUUUUUACGACUUAUUGUUCUCUUUUUUUUCUGUUUGAAUACUAUAAUCAGAAAAAGAAAAUUUCAAUCAAAAACUAGAAAUAUUCUUAAACAAAUGUUCACAAUGAUAAUGGCACAAACUAAUGAUCGAAUCGUGAAACCACCAUAUGGAUUUAGAUUGAAAAAAUGGCUAACAAUCAUAUUGAAUUUGAUCAAUUUAAUUAUUCUUUUAUAUUUGGUGAUCAAUUUGAUUAUGACAUCAAAUUAUUUUGGCAGCAAAUAUCAACAUCGAAUGGCAUUGACAAAUUCAACAAAAUCAAUUCGUCAAUAUAAUUAUUUUGCCAUAUUUCCUUAUUAUAUUGAUUACUAUGAUCAAUAUCAAAAGCAACAGCCCGAUGAUGAAGAUUUCAAUCAGUCAAUAACAGAGCUUUAUACAAACAUUACCGAAAUAAUUAUCGAUUUGAUUGGACUAGUUGCUGUUAUCAAAGAACAUUAUUGGCUUAGUUUGAUUUAUAUCGUAUUGGGUAUGAUCAAUUUAAUUGGUACAAUUGUCAUGUAUACAGAGAUGCGUACCUAUGUAACCUUAGCACAAAUGAUUCUGGCAAUAAUAUUCUAUUCAGUUCUAUUGUUCUAUGUGAAUGAUUUGAUGAAUAUUAGAAAACAACAAAAAAUACAGGAUGAAGAAGAAGAAGAAGAGCAGCAACAAAAUAUUUAAAAUUUGUUAUCAUUUGUUAUGGCAUUGAUGAUGAUGAAGAUGGCAAAAUUAACUUAUCUUUUGAUUUAUAUCGAUUUCAAGUUUGUGGUACUUUACUUUUUUAAUUUUUUUUGAUCAUGAUAAUAAAACCGAUUAUAUGACUCAAUAAAAAAAAUAAUAAAUUAUAA